AUGCCUCCCAAGAAGCAAGUGGCCGUCGAGAAGCCCCUGCUGGGCAGACCCGGCAAUAAUCUGAAAAUGGGUAUUGUGGGUUUACCAAAUGUUGGAAAAAGUUCAUUCUUCAACGCCUUGACCAACUCCGUGGUGUCUGCUGAGAACUACCCUUUCUGCACAAUUGACCCGUCAGAAGCACGAGCUCAGGUUGAGGACCCUCGCUUCGACUGGCUCUGCGAGCACUACAAACCUGCGAACAAAGUCCCUGCUUUUCUGACUGUCACCGACAUUGCUGGACUUGUGAAGGGCGCUGCUGAAGGACAGGGGCUCGGCAACGCUUUCUUGAGUCACAUCCGCGCCGUCGAUGGAAUCUUCCAUCUAGUUCGUGCUUUCGAUGACGCCGAUGUCAUUCACGUUGAGGGCGACCUUGACCCGGUCCGCGAUCUCGCUAUCAUCCACGAGGAACUCCGUCUCAAAGACGAAGAGUUCCUGACGAAGCAGCUUGACGCCAGGCAAAAGGAUGUCCGCCGUAUCGGCAAGGGUGGCGGUGCUGCCGACAAGGCAAAGAAGGAGGAGUGUGACAUUGUAGAGAAGGUCUACAAAUGGGUUGUCGAGUCCAAGAAGGAUGUCCGAGAUGGCGACUGGAGCGGGAAGGAAAUAGAGAUUAUCAACUCUCUGCAGCUCAUUACGGCAAAGCCCGUGGUUUACCUGUGCAACUUGAGCGAGCGUGACUACGCAAGAAAGAAGAACAAAUGGCUUCCCAAGAUCAAGCAGUGGAUCGACACUAACCAUCCCGGAGACAUCCUCAUCCCGUACUCUGGUGUUAUGGAGCAGAAGCUCACCGAAUUGGAGCCAGCGCAGAGGCUCGAGUACCUCAAGGACCUUCAGACAAAGCACGAGCUCGCCGCCCCGGUCACCUCCGUCUUCAACAAGAUCAUCGUUGCUGGAUACAAUGCGCUGGGCCUAAUCUAUUUCUUCACUGGCGGACCGGAUGAAGUGCGUGCCUGGACGAUUCGCAAGAACACCAAGGCACCCCAAGCUGCCGGAACAAUCCACACAGAUUUCGAAAAGGCUUUCAUCAUGGCAGAAGUGAUGCGAUACGAUGACCUGAAGGAGUUGGGAUCCGACGCCGCCGUGAAGGCCGGUGGUAAAUACGUCCAGAAGGGCAAGGACUACGUUGUGCAAGACGGCGAUAUCCUUUAUUUCAAGGCUGGCCAGGUGACGGCCCCGAAGAAGAAGUGAGGAGUACUUCCUUCCUCAUCACCUUGCAUUCCCACCUUACUCGUAUAUACAUUUGAUGUCAUUGGAACCGAGUACAUAGUGUCAUCUGUACAUGUAGCAUUCCGGUAGAGCAUUCGAGUAGACAUAUCCAGAAUAG